GUCGUUAAUCAUCUAUCUAACAUGUGGCUUCAUGUAUUUAUACGAUAAGCGAGAAACCCUCACAGUAGCUGACUUCAAUUCAGUAAUGUUCAUCCAUACAACCAACGUGACUAACCCGAUGAUGGUAGCUUGCAUUUUCUUGAACAGCGAACAUCUCCAUGCUAUGAUAUGUCAACUAGAAUCAGCAGCAUUCCAGCCUAACAGUCAUAAGGAGUAUUUGUAUAUAUAUGAGUGGAAGAGAAGCGGGUACUUCAUUAAAAAACUGUUCUAUGGAGUGAACGGUUUCCUAUGCAGCUUUCUACCAAUAAUAGCAAUACUUCAGGGCAAGACUGCUCCAUUGACUACUUAUAUUCCUCCAUGGAUCCACUGGAGGGUGUAUUUUUGGUUUCAGUCCACUGUUACAGUAUACAAUUCUACAAUGGCUUCCAUAUACGUAUCAAUUCUUUGCACCCUGUUAAUAGAGGCCAUCAUACAGGUAGCAUGUUUGAAAGAGCGACUUGAGUCUAUUGAGGACAGGCGUUGUUUGGAGGAAUGCAUUGAUCAUUAUUCUGAGAUAACUACGUAAGUACUAUAUAUAUAUAUAGAAUACAGGGUGGCCCAUCCAUGUGUGGACGGAAUAUUACUCAUAAAUAAAUACAUUUUGGAAAAAUAUAUUUAUGGGAUGUUAUACA